AUGCAAAACCUAAACCUUUCAGCAGAGACUAGCCUCCGGCAUGCGCUCAGCGAGAACGGCAAGGCUCCAGCGCAAGAUCUCCUAGCACAAGAGGAAGAUUUGAUCUCCACAGUCUACUCUCGCCAGUCAAAAGAUUCGUUCCAUGAUCAGAAGCUGGAGCAGCAAACCCAAGACACCAGCUCUGCAAGAAGUUCUAGCCAUGCUGGAUCAUCUGGCCCUGCCAUUCACAAUUCAGCGCCAGACGCCAACCCACCCAGUCCCAACGCAAGGGCUCCGGAGGCCGGCUUUCCAUUAUCUGACAUUACCUAUGAUGCGGCGAUUGACGAGUUUGUGCAUCAUUCUGCUUCGUCACGUUUGAUACCCUACGACCCUACUAUCCAUUCUAAGCGUUUGGUUUAUGACCCUGCCGAAUGGAUGAUAGUAGACGAGAAGCUGAGAUUCCUGCCUGAUGGAAGCUGCGUCGGCAGAAGAGCUGCCAAAGCUGCACGGGUUUUCAAGCGUGCCGAUCGAGCUCAGACAACAAAUUUGGAAAGAAGCUCUUCCAGACUCUCGAAUUAUCGUGUCAUCGAGCGAGGCGACCGCCAUAUACUUUUGCCCAUAGAUGAUGAGUCUCGAGAGGUUUUCCUGGAAAACUACAGCUUCUUGAAGCGAGCUGACGGCUUGGACUACCUGAGUGUGGGGUUACAGGAACGAUUCCAGGUCACCACAAAGAUUUGCCGCCUAGGGUGCAGUAAAAUAUUUGUAGAUAAGAAAAGAGAUACCUUCUUGAUCAAACUUCCUGUGCCACCUGGCCUCUUGAGAAUCGAUUUCAGCCAGGUAAAGUAUAUGGCCUUCCACGGACCCGACAACUUUACGCCACCAACCUUGGCGCUCGUUUCGCCCUUGACAUCUGGAUGGACUAGUCUCCAAGCUGUGGACUUCAUACUAGGGGGCAUUUACUUGGAUGACGAUAUAUGGUAUUACAAGUGCCAUCUUCUAGAGAUUGAUCAUGAUUUCAUGCACAUGGAAUGCGGAAAUGCAAGUUGGGAUCGUUAUCCACAUAUCAUUCCUCGAGCACAAAGACGCCUCCAGCUUGCAGGCUACAUGGAUCGGGCUGAUCAAACUCGAGAGACUUAUGCGAAUUUCACGCAGAGCAAUGGAGGUGUGUGGCGUGGGAUUAAGAUGAGGGUAUCUAUGAUGACGCAGAUCAUUGGUGCCGCUCACGAUCCACGGGACUACUGUUACCGUAAUUUCAUUCCACGAAACCCGAGAUACAGUGGUGUGUGCUUUUCGGCCAAGGUGGACUUCAAGACGGAUGCUCAAUUGAAUGAGAAAGAAAUUCAUCAAUUGUACAUCGAGACGUUGGACUGCGUGACGCCCUGUUCCUACGAUGGAGCUCUCUGUAUCAGGGAAACGGAUUAUUCUGGCCUGGGCGAUCUGAUGGACGGGAAAUGGAUAUGA